UUGGCUCCGCCACUGCGGCACACUUGCAAGUCUCAGGCUUUACACCUCACAGUGGAGAAUUGCAAUGGAGGUUGAGUCAGAGAGGACGAAACCUGUUGCUGUGUUCAUGGCCUUCGGUACCAAAGGCGAUGUCUACCCAAUUGCUGCCAUUGCUGUGGCUUUUGCUUGUGACCAGAGACAAUACGACGUCGUUCUAAUCACGCAUUCAGCUCAUGAGAACUUAAGGUGUCACUUGGCUGAAAAACAUGUUUCAUAUCGUCCAAUUUCAUCACCACCUGUUCUCUCUAUCCAUCAGAAACAUGAUCCUACUGGCUCUGUGGAGUUGCCAUUUUCACUGCAGAAAAGGAUGUUUUCUAGCGAACACAGACAAGAAUGUUAUUUGGUAGUUGAAUCCAUAUUUGGAGCUGGCCCAAGCAUGGAGGGUGAUUUUAUUGUGAUAAAUUUCUUUGCUUUGGAAGGCUGGAGUUUUGCGGAACUUUUUCGUGUCCGUUGCAUGGUUGCUGCACCUUAUGUCGUUCCAUACAGUGCACCUUCAUCAUUUGAGCGCCACUUUAAAAAGGAACUUCCACUUUUGUAUAAAUACCUUAAGGAAGCUGACGUCAGCAAGGUUUGUUGGAAAGAUGUGAUUCACUGGAUGUGGCCACUUUUCACUGAAUAUUGGGGAUCCUGGAGGUGUGACAAUUUGAAUAUGAGUCCUUGCCCUUUUACAGAUCCAGUAACAGGUCUACCCACUUGGCACGAUAGGCCUCCAUCUCCCCUUCUUUUGUAUGGAUUUAGCAAAGAAGUUGUUGAGUGCCCUGGUUAUUGGCCAUCAAAAGUUCGGGUUUGUGGCUUUUGGUUUCUCCCCAAUGAAUGGCAGUUUUCAUGUAAGCAGUGCUGUGAAAUUUCAAGGAUUGAUUCUUCAGGGCAUCUUUACACAAAAGAUGAACUGUGUUCAGCCCAUGUUCACUUAGAUUAUUUUCUGAAGACUCCGAUGCCUAUGCCACCUGUUUUCAUUGGCCUAAGCUCUAUUGGUAGCAUGGGAUUUUUAAAAAACCCUCAAGCUUUUCUUCGACUUCUCCAAACGGUCAUGGAGAUAACAGGUUACCGCUUUAUCCUCUUUACAGCGGGCUACACGCCUUUAGAUACAGCAAUCCGAGCGAUUGUUGCUGAAUCAUCAUCAUAUGUGAUGCACAAACAGUUUAAUGACGAGUGCCUUUCUCUCUUCAAUGAUCGACUCUUCUGCUUUUCUGGUACCAUACCAUACAAGUGGCUGUUUACUCGAUGUGCGGCUGCAAUUCAUCAUGGGGGAAGUGGCACUACUGCUGCAGCACUACUUGCAGGAAUCCCACAGGUAGUAUGCCCAUUUCUGCUAGAUCAGUUUUAUUGGGCUGAAAGAAUGUUCUGGCUUGGAGUAGCACCAGAACCAUUGAAAAGAAGCCACUUACUUCCAGAAGAAAGUGAUGAAAAAAAAAUCCAAGGAGCAGCGAAUUUGCUAUCCAGGGUCAUACAUGAUGCAUUAUCUCCCGAAAUUAGAGAACACGCUGUAGAAAUUUCUAAGAGAAUAUCUCUUGAGGAUGGAGUCUCAAAUGCUGUUAAAUAUAUCAAGGAAGAGAUUGGUUGUUCAAGCUGAUUAUUUGGAAUCUGUUUCAUUGACAUUCGACAUGGUUUUCGGCAAUGCAGACAGUCCAGAUUCUGAAAAUGGCUGUUUGGAGGGCGGCAUGUGCAUGAUUGGGACAGUCUGCUUUAGAGAAUUGUUCUUUUGUAAAAAGACUCUUCAAAUCUAAAUGGGAUGGAUUAGAUGCAAAAUAUUACUAACAAUGUCUGCAAUAAGUUGCUUAUGCAGUUAUUGCAGAAAGAAAGCUUUUCCUAUUUAGUAAUCGAGCAUGUGACAAGAAAAAUCAAUUGAUUUAGAGAACCUUCUUUGUCAACUUAAAAGAGCCCGCGAGGUGAAAUGGACAUUUCAAACAUACUUUUGACUCCUUAUGCCAA